AUGACUCUGCUUUCUUCCUUUUUUUCUCGCUCGCUUCUCUUCUCGCUCUUUACCACUUCGUCGCUCGUUUCCGGCCUCAAGUAUGACGCCAGCUUGGUAGAAUGGAACCUCAACACCAACCGGUCCGCUCAAAGUCCCGUUGACUAUGCCGGCGACCGUGGGCCCGAUCACAAGUACUUCCCGUCGCCGGAUAACUGGAGGGUACCCUUCUAUACCCUCUUCCUCGACCGCUUUGUCAACGGCGACCCGGAUAACGACGACAAGAAUGGGACAAUCUACGAGACCGACAUGUUCAGUACCCAGCUCCGCUUCGGCGGAGACCUGGACGGUUUGAAGGAUUCGCUGGACUACAUUGCCGGCAUGGGCAUCAAGGGCAUCUAUAUCGCCGGUUCUCCCUUCAUCAACUUGCCGUGGGGUGCCGACUCUUACUCCCCCGUUGAUCUUACCGUCCUCGAUAAACACUUUGGCACCAUCAAGAAAUGGCAAGAGGUGGUUGAUGAGAUCCAUAGCCGCGGAAUGUGGGUUGUGCUGGACAAUACCAUGGCGACUAUGAGUGACCUUAUCGGCUUCGUCGGCUACCUUAACGAGAGUACGCCGUUCCGCGAGGAGGAACACAAGGUGAUCUGGAAGAAUCCGGACCGUCGGUACCUCGAUUUCGACAUCGGCAACGAGUAUAACGAGACCUGCGACUACCCCGUGUUCUGGUACGAAGACGGCCGCCGUAUCAAGCCGCCGAAGCUCAAGGGCUGCUACGACAGCGAUUUCGAUCAGUAUGGUGAUAUCGAAGCCUUCGGUGUGUGGCCAGACUGGAAGCGCCAGCUUGCCAAGUUUGCGUCCGUCCAGGAUCGUCUGCGCGAGUGGAAGCCCGACGUCAUGGCCCGUCUCAUCCGCUUCUCCUGCAUGACCAUCGGUACGCUCGACAUCGACGGCUUCCGUAUCGACAAGGCUGUGCAGGUGACGGUCGACGCCCAGGCCAAGUUCAGCUCGGCGAUGCGCGAGUGCGCCAAGCGAUACAACAAGCAUAAUUUCAUCAUCUACGGUGAGAUCACGGCCGGCAACACCCUCGGCUCCAUCUAUCUGGGCCGUGGCCGCGACUUCGACAUGACGCUCAAGCUGCAGGGUGACUCAGUUAAGGCUGCGUCGCUGAGACCUGACGAGUCCGACUACUUCCUUCGAGAGCCGGGCAACACUGCCCUGGACGCCGGCGCCUUCCAUUACUCCAUCUACCGCUUCAUGACUCGUUUCCUCGGUCUGAGCGGCAACCUCGAGGCCGGUUACGAUCUGCCGACCGACUGGGUCCAGGCCUGGGAGCACAUGAUGUUGACCAACGACUUCUUCAACGCCUACAACAACACCCGGUACGAUCCGCGCCACCUGUAUGGCGUUACGAACCAGGAUGUGUUCCGCUGGCCUGCCAUCGAGAUGGGUGAGCAGCGCAUGCUCCUGGGCUACUUCAUCAUUUCGCUGCUGCUGCCCGGCGCUCCUCUCGUCUACUACGGCGAGGAACAGGCGCUCUACGUUCUGGACGGUACCGCGUCCAACUACGUGUACGGCCGUCAGGCCUUUGCCCCGUCGCCGGCGUGGAAGAACCAUGGCUGCUUCAAUCUCACCAUUGACCAGUACAUCGGCUGGCCUGUCGAGAAGGGUCGCCAGGGCUGCAACGACCCCAAGGUCGCCUAUGAUCACCGUGAUCCUUCGGCCCAUCUGCGCAACACCUUCCGUCACAUGUUCCGUCUACGCGAGGAACUCCCCGUGCUGAAGGAGGGCUGGUUGGUCAAGAAGCUCGCUAACCAGACCUACCCCAAGCUGCUCAACGGCAGCACCAAGGCGACCGAGUUCGGCAUCUGGAGCGUUGUUCGCGACCGUCAUCCGUCCCUCCAGCCCGAUAUGGCCGCGCAGCCGGUCUGGCUCGUCUACCACAAUCAAGGCAAGCGCGUCGAGUAUGAGUUCGAUUGCAAUGGCAAAAACCCCUUCAUCGCGCCCUUCAAUGCGGGCACCCAGGUCAAGAACUUGUUCAGCGAUGACGAUCCCAUCACCCUCGGCGCGUCCAACGUUCAGAACGAAUUCACGACGGGCGGCAAGACUGCUGGCUGCAUCAGCAAGAUCACGAUGGAGCCGUACGAGUUCCGCGCCUACGUCGAGCCUGGGCGCUGGGUCAAACCCCAUCCCAUGAUCACCAAGUUCACCCCCGGUCACGACGAGCCGCUCAACUCGACCGAGUACAAGGGCCGUGUUCCUUUCUCCAUCGAGUACAACACCGCGAUGGACUGUGACUCGGUCACCGAGGCGCUCUCUGCCUAUGUCACCGUUGAUGGCGUCAACAACGCGACGAAGCUCGAGUUCGAGUCCCCCAAGUGCGAGUCCGGCAUCAACAACGACAACGACUACUGGGUCGGCUAUACUGGUGCCAUCAAGUCAACGUGGCGCAUCAGCUCGACCUUGACCAAUGUUCCGGACGGCAUCAUCAAGAUUACCGUCGGCCCGUCGGCCACAUCCCGCGACGGCAUUCGCACCAAUACGACCGAUCACUUCCUGCUGCGCCUCGGCAAGCCCGACAACCCGGUCGUCUGGCCCGACUCCGGCUCCUACUCCCGCGACCUGCUCGUCAUCAAGAACGGCCAGUGGUACCUCAACCACGCCGCUGCCGGCGCGACACACUGGCGCUACAGUACCAACUGGGGCUCCAGCUGGAGCGACUGGCAGCCUUACCCUGGCUCUGGUCUCAUGAGCCAGCCGAUCAAGGAGCAGCCAUGGAAGGGCACGAAACUCCAGGAAUGGGAGGGCAAGCACGUCAUGGUGCAGUACUACAGCAAGCCUCUCGGCUCGUCGGCCUUCAUCCAGCACUGCGACAGCAAUGAUGUGCAGUUUGAGCGAGGCUUCCCGCACAUCAGGAUCCACGGUCCGUACAACAAGUGGGGUUAUGACGCUGGUCUGCCCGGGUCCAUGGACCUGGUGCACCACCACACGUGGGAGCUGCACUACAUGUACGAGUGGCCUGCCGACUUCCAGCUCAACAUCUGGGGCAUCAACCCGGACAACCAGCCCGAUGUGGGCUGGAUCUACGGUGAUAUCGAUCGCGAUGGCAUCGUCGACCGCUUGCCUCCGAGCAGCCUGGCUCGCAACGUCAUCAACAUUACCGCUCCUCCUCCGAUGCCUGCGCUGGCCUACAAGCUGCGGUACAACGACAAGACCUGGCGCUUCGAGUACAUCCCGUCGGGUCACAUCGGCCCUCAGAUCCUGAUCUUCAUCCUCUGCGCCGUCAUGCCCGUGGCUACUGCCCUCGCCGCCUGCUGGAUCUACCUGGGCAGCUUCUACCAGGUCAAGAUCAACAAGUCCGGCUUCGGCCGCAAGGGCUGGAUCCCGCUUGGCCUGAGCAACCUGUCGCGGCUUGACCUCAAGUCCUUCGGCAAGGGUGGUGUCGAGAUGAGCGCCAUCACUCCCUCGCCUUCGGAUAACAGCAAGGCCGUAGCCCCGCUGCCCAACAAGAAUGGACAGCGCCGUACUGUGCUGAUCGCGACCAUGGAGUACAACAUCGAUGACUUCAAGAUCAAGAUCAAGAUCGGCGGUCUCGGUGUCAUGGCGCAGCUCAUGGGUUCGGCUCUCACGCACAUGGACCUGAUCUGGGUCGUGCCGACCGUCGGCGAUGUCUCGUACCCCUUCGACAAGAUGGAGAAGGCCGAGUCGAUGUUCGUGCAGGUGAUGGGCCAGCCGUAUGAGAUCGAGGUUUACUACUACCAGAGCAAGAACAUCACGUACGUCAUCCUCGACGCUCCUGUCUUCCGCAAGCAAACCAAGGCCGACCCGUACAUCGCCCGCAUGGACGACAUCGAGAGUGCCAUCCUCUACGCCGCCUGGAACAGCUGCAUCGCCGAGACCAUUCGCCGCUUCCCCGUCGACAUCUACCACAUCAACGACUACCACGGCGCCGCCGCUCCUCUCUACCUGCUCCCGCAGACCAUCCCGUGCUGCCUGUCGCUCCAUAACGCCGAGUUCCAGGGCAUGUGGCCCAUGCGCACGCCUGAGGAGCAGAAGGAGGUUUGCGAUGUCUUCGGCCUGCCCAUGGACGUUGUCAAGACCUACGUGCAGUACGGCUCGGUCUUCAACCUGCUGCACGCCGGUGCCAGCUACCUCCGUAUUCAUCAGCGUGGUUUCGGUGCCGUCGGCGUCUCGAGGAAGUAUGGCGAUCGCUCGCUGGCUCGUUACCCCAUCUUCUGGAGUUUGAAGAACAUCGGUCAUCUGCCCAACCCGGACCCGUCCGAUACGGCUGAGUGGAACCCGAACAUGGACAUCAGCAAGCAGUCCAAGGAUAUCACGAUCGACCAGGCCUUUGAGGAGAAGCGUGCCGAUCUGCGCCGCCAGGCGCAGGAGUGGGCUGGCCUGGAGGUUGACCCGAGCGCUGAGCUGUUUGUCUUCGUCGGCCGCUGGUCCAUGCAAAAGGGUAUCGAUCUCAUUGCCGACAUCUUCCCCAGCAUCCUGGAGAAGUACCCCAAGACCCAGCUGAUCUGCGUCGGUCCUGUCAUCGACCUGUACGGCCGUUUCGCGGCCCUCAAGCUGCAGAAGCUGAUGGAGAUGUACCCCAAGCGCGUGUACAGCAGGCCCGAGUUCACCCAGCUGCCGCCGUAUAUCUUCAGCGGUGCCGAGUUCGCCCUGAUCCCGUCCCGCGACGAGCCCUUCGGCCUGGUCGCCGUCGAGUUCGGUCGCAAGGGCGCUCUUGGUGUUGGCGCUCGUGUCGGUGGUCUCGGUCAGAUGCCGGGUUUCUGGUACACGGUCGAGUCCAUGACGCCAUCGCACUUGCUGCAGCAGUUCAAGCAGGCCAUCGUGUCUGCCUUGGAGUGCAAGCCACAGAAGCGUGCCCUGAUGCGUGCUUGGUCGGCUAAGCAGCGCUUCCCCGUGGCUCAGUGGGUUCGGCAGCUGGAUCAGCUGUAUGAUGAGUCCAUCCGGAUUCAUCACAAGGAGGCGGCCAAGAAGAAGAAGGUGCCGCAUCUCGCGCCCAGCCCGAACCCGUCGCGCCCUGCGUCCCCCAGCAGCUCGGCUACCUAUGUCGACCAGACCGGCGCCUACGACAACAUCGGCAUUGCCUCUCCUGCGCCGGCCACGCUGACCCCCAACCGCGGGCUCAUGACGCCCGACCUGCCAACACCCUCGGCGCCGUGGCUCUCGUCGCGGCCAGGGUCCCCUCGGGCGUCGGUUGCUAGCAACGGCGGUAACGGCUUGUACGCCAACCCAUCUGCCCGCGAAAGCACAGCCAGCGUCGACAGCUUUGCCAUCCGCGCGCAGCGUGACGGCAUGCCGUCGCCGGGUCUGGCGCCCGACGUGGGCGGGCUAGCACCGCCUCCGCCGACACUGGGCCAGAGCCAUCGCAACAGCAGCCUGCUCAGCUUGCCGGACGUCGUGGGUGACAGGCACGACCUCAAGCUGCAGCAGGUGGACCAGUUCUUCAACGACUCGAACGGCGAGUACCAGGCGCAGUUUGAGGAGUUGUUGGAGGGCCUGACGGCAUCGAAUUCGGCCAGCGAUUUGUGCAUCGAGGCGUUUCUGAAAAAGAGCGAGAAGGAGUGGUUUGCGCGGUAUCGGGAUGCCAAGCUCGGCAGGCAUCGGGAGAGCAGGAUCAACUCGCCUGUUAGCAGCCGGCCUGCGUCGAGGAGCGGUCAGCGGAGGAACGAGAGUGUCGUCAGCAGGGGCCGGCAGCGGCACCGCAGCAUAACCCCAAGCAGCAUGGCUCGCUCCGUGUUCGAGCACUCGCCUCCGCCGGGCCAGCCGGUCGACGACGAGUUCUUGCUUGGUGAAGGGUACCAGGCGCCGAGCGGCCUCAAGAAGUGGAUGUCCAUUCGCAUCGGCGACUGGCCCAUCUACUCAUUCCUGCUGGCGCUGACGCAGAUCAUCUCCAUCUCCUCCUACCAGAUCGUCCUGCUUACCGGUGAGACGAUGCAGACGCCCGAGAAGCUGUACACGGUCGCCGGAGUGUACAUUGCCUCGUCGCUGAUCUGGUUCGCGAUGGAGCGCAACUUCAAGUCCGUCUAUGCGCUAAGCGCACCGUGGUUCUUCUUCGGUCUGGCCUUCCUGUUCAUCGGCAUUGCCCCAUUCAUUCCCGACUGGCGGGUCGCCAAUGGCAUUGAGCAGGCAGCGACUUGCUUCUAUGCCGUCGGUGCCUCCAGCGGUGCGCUGGCGUUCGCCCUUAACUUCGGCGACGAAGGCGGCUCUCCCACCAAGCAGUGGAUUACCCGCGCCCUGGUCGUGUCAGGCUUCGCCCAAGUCUACAGCAUCGGCCUCUGGUACUGGGGUUCGAUCGUGGCCGACACCGACCCGACCGCGACCGUCUUCGUCGGCAAGUCCAACGUCCCGCGCGCCGUCGUCGUCGGCAUCCCCUUGGCCAUCGUGUGCUGGGCCAUCGGCACUGUUCUCUUCGUCGGCCUGCCCGACUACUACCGCCAGUCCCCCGCCACCAUCCCCGGCUUCUGGAUCUCUCUCUACCGCCGCAAGAUCGUGCCGUGGUUUUUCGUCAUGAUCAUCCUGCAGAACUACUGGCUGUCCGCGCCCUACGGCCGCUCUUGGCAGUUCCUCUUCACCACGCAGCACGUCCCCGGCUGGGGCAUCUUCUUGCUUGCCCUCGCUUUCUACGUCGUCCUCUGGGCCAUUGUCCUCUACGGCUUCUCCUACUUCUCCGACGAGCACACCUGGCUACUCCCUAUCUUCGCCAUCGGCCUCUGCGCCCCGCGUUGGGCCCAAGAGUUCUGGGGCACCUCCGGCAUCGGCUGGUAUCUGCCGUGGGCCGGCUCCGCCGUCGGCUCGACCAUCUUAUCACGCUGCUUGUGGCUGUGGCUGGGCCUGCUCGAUAACAUCCAGGGCGUGGGCAUCGGCAUGAUGUUGUUGGCUACGCUGACCAGACAUCACGUGCUGGCUGUGCUGAUUGGCGCCCAGGUGAUCGGAUCCGUGUUCACCAUGCUGGCGCGCGCGACAAGUCCCAACGCGCUCUCGCCGCAUACUACGUUCCCUGACUUCUCGCAGGGAGCGAUGCCGGGCGUGGCGGCCCCGUAUUUCUGGGUGUGCUUGGCCUUCCAACUGGUGAUUCCCGUCGGCUUCUUCAAGUUCUUUAGAAAGGAGCAGGUGAUGAAGCCGUAG